AUGUCAUCCUUAGAAAAAUAUGCUACAAAUGAUAUACAAAUUGAAAAUAUAAUUUUAAAAAGUAAUACACAAACUGAAAUUUCAGAUGGUUUAUCUUUUGAAAUUGAUUUUAAAAAAUUAAACCAAGAUAAUUUAAAUGGUUUAUACUGUAGAAUUGAAUUUGUUGUUGACAUUGCUUUAAACAAAUUUACUUUUGAUAUAUUAAAAUCAUCAACAAUUAAUUAUGACUCAACACAAUCAAAUAUAUCAUUAAAGUUCAAAGAUAUUGAAUCAUUAGAAGAAUUAAUGAAUAAAAAUAAUAUUGAUAGAUUAUUUUGGUGUAAUAUCAGUUGUUUAAAUAUUUAUAUAAAUUAUAAAAAAGAUGGAGAUGAUGAAAAUACACCUGAAAAUUCUUUAAAAGUUUCAAUUCCAACAAAUAUUUAUAAAGAUAAAAGAACUGAUAACAUAAUUUAUAAAACAACAUAUAAUCCAUUUGAUUAUUUGUAA